CGAAUGGACCCGCCUGUCGGUGUGCCGCUAGUCUCCUUUUGGUAUCUCAGAUGUCCGGCCAAUCAACGCUCUGAUUGAAUUGUAUGGUCCAUAGGGCUGUGUUGAUACAAAGACACUGAAGCUUGAAAAAGACAUAAAAGGGACUCUCUCCUGUCAUUUCAAAGUAUCCAGUUCAUUAUCUCUCUUAUAUUCAGCCACUUGGUUUGAUCCAACCUUCAACUACACAAUGGGCACUGUGACCUACCGCCAUGGCAUUGCCAUUCUCCAGCUGAUCGUCUUUCCCUUCAUCCUUAUUGCUGGUAUUUUCAUCUGGAGUGGAGCAGGCUGGAGGGUCGGCAGCAAGAUCUGGCGAUACCCCGUUACACUCUCCCUCAUCCGCAUUGCCGGCUGCAUUGCUUCACUUAUCUCGAUCGAUCACGAUUCCCACGACACUGAAAUCGCCGUCGCAGUAUGCGAGCUCAUCGGCAUUGCUCCUCUUCUGUUGACUUAUAUUGGAAUACUGAGACAAAUUGAUACGGAAAAUCGAAUGCCCCCUCGAUUCAUCCCCGCAGUAACCAUCAUCUGUAUCAUCGGCCUUAUCCUAGGUAUCGCCGGCUUCAGCUCAGCAGAUAGCCAGGAUGGGACCUACCACCCAAGCAAAAUCGUCCAGGCAUCCAUGGGCAUUUUCCUCGCCGUGUUCGCGCUUAUCCUCCUUCUCACGGUGUUUCUUUACGUCCAGCUGCAGGGCAGGCUGCGCGCAUUCCAGAAGAAGCUAUUCCUCGCCAUUGGCCUUUCAAUUCCCUUCCUGAUUGUCCGGUUGGUUUAUUCUGCCGUCGCUGACUACGGGCACGACUCGCGCUUUACGGUUCUUGUCGGUGACCCUACGGUCUUUCUGUGUAUGAGUGUGCUGGAGGAGAUUGUUGCUAUGGUUGUGACUAUGGUUCUUGGGGUUUUGGCUGUGCGUGAGGCGGACUUUGUGCGGGUUAGAGAUCUGGGGAGGAAGGUUGAGGGUGUUUAAUUGUUAGUUUUGGCUGGGGUUUUAUGAAGCGUUGUUGUAGUAUAUAUAUUGGUGCC